AUGGGUAGUUGCCAAGUCGUCACUGGAAACACUGAAGGGAAUCGAGGUAAAUCCGAUCAGGAAAAGGCCAACGAAAAGAAGCAAGGAAAGCCAGAGGCAAACAAAGAGCACUGGUUGGAAGAACGCGCGAAAAAGAAAAAAAAGGAGAUGCACGGAGAGAAAGAGCAAAGGAAGAAUAAGGGCCGUUCGAAUGUGUAG